UUUGACAUGUUUGCCUAGAAAUAUGAUAAAAAAUCCAAAAAAGCAAUUUCUGUGCAUCUGGCAGUACUGGUUGUUAUCAAACACCGGAUUACGUGAAUAGCACAAAAUAUUUAUUAUCCUAUACAGCUCUAGGCUCCAUUCCCGAAUAUGCGGAAAUUUGCGAAAUACUGGCGUGACUCUGCCAGUUUGUUGAUCCUUGCCCGCGAUGGAAAUCAGGCAGCUAAUACGACAAAAUACAACUAUAAGGUACUUGUUUUCAAACGAACCGAGAAAACUGCUUUUCUGCCAAACAGCAUUGUCUUUCCUGGCGGAGCAUUCGAUAAGCAGGAUGAGGACCCUAGCUGGCGCAGAGUUUUUAAUCGAAUGGGUAUUCCUGACGAGCUCUUGCUCAAACUGACCAGAGUAGCAGGUUCUCGUCCUUUUAUAUUUAAUAAUGAUAGCAAAGAGGUGUUAGACAGAAAUAUCUCACUACGGCUUACUGCACUAAGAGAGGCAUUCGAAGAGAUGGGUGUACUUUUCGGCCUCGAGAAAGAACAGGCCGGUGCAACGCCUAAUGGAUACAGUAAUGCGGUAAAAGUGUCUGAUACUGCUUCGUGGCAGACUAGCAUUCACAAUAACGAAAAACCGUUCUCGGAACUUUUUGAAAAACUUGACAUCGUACCAGAUCUAUUCAACAUGUAUGAAUGGUCUGUUUGGCUGACCCCAGCUCUUUUCCGAAAACGAAGAUUCGAAACUGCCUUUUAUCUAAUUGCAUUGGAUGAGAUGCCCCCUGUCCUACCCGAAGCGCACGAGGUCGAUAGCUAUUUUUGGGACACACCAGCAGACCUGCUACUGGCGCAUAAGGAAGAAAAAAUCUGGUUGGCACCUCCUCAGUUUUACGAACUGACACGACUUAGUCAUUUGUACGACAUUGAUGAUGUCGUAAACUUUGGAAAGAAUCGUAAUUACAAAGGAAGCACCCUACUCUGCCCGGUCCAGUACUUCUGCUCGGAUGCUACAGUGUUUGUCCUGCCUGGUGACGAUCAGUAUCCUAACGAUUAUGAUUAUGUUACUGCACAUGAUGAUUUGGAAAAGUACAAGGACUUGACGGCGGAGCAGUUCAGAAGUCAGGCGAAAAACUUGCAUCGGGCAGAGCAUAGCGGACUGCAUAAGCAGACAUAUUACGUGAACAUUACACCUUUCAAUGGGCAUUUAAGUGUGAAUGGCAAAAAUAUGCAUUUGUCUAAACUAUAAGAGAGGUGCUGUACAUUAGGGGUUCGUGUAGGGUGAUUAUUUUAGAAAUUGCAAUAACGGGCAUUAGGAAUAUGUAAAUAAAUGAAAGGUGAUAUCCAA